CUGACGCACUUGACGGACGGCUCGGGGUGCCAAGUCAGCUGAUCUAGGAGUUGCGCUGCCUGCCUGCUAGUCGGGGUUCUCCGGUUCCACAGCCCCCGACGCAGCCAUGUCGUCCUUCCCGGAGCUUUACUUCAACGUGGACAAUGGCUACUUGGAGGGACUAGUGCGCGGCUUGAAGGCAGGGGUGCUCAGCCAGGCGGACUACCUCAACCUGGUGCAGUGCGAGACGCUCGAGGACCUGAAGCUGCACCUGCAGAGCACUGACUACGGCAACUUCCUGGCCAACGAGGCGUCGCCACUGACAGUGUCCGUCAUUGAUGACCGGCUCAAGGAGAAGAUGGUGGUGGAGUUCCGCCACAUGAGGAACCACGCCUAUGAGCCGCUCGCCAGCUUCCUGGAUUUCAUUACUUACAGCUACAUGAUCGACAACGUGAUCCUACUCAUCACGGGCACACUGCACCAGCGCUCUAUCGCUGAGCUCGUGCCCAAGUGCCACCCGCUAGGCAGCUUUGAGCAGAUGGAGGCCGUGAACAUUGCACAGACACCUGCUGAGCUCUACAAUGCCAUUCUGGUGGACACGCCCCUGGCGGCGUUUUUUCAGGACUGCAUCUCAGAGCAGGACCUCGAUGAGAUGAACAUCGAGAUCAUCCGCAACACGCUUUACAAGGCCUACCUGGAGUCUUUCUACAAGUUCUGCACGCUGCUGGGCGGGACCACGGCCGAUGCCAUGUGCCCCAUCCUGGAGUUUGAAGCAGACCGCCGCGCCUUCAUUAUCACCAUCAAUUCCUUCGGCACAGAGCUGUCCAAGGAGGACCGUGCCAAGCUCUUUCCACACUGUGGGCGGCUGUACCCCGAGGGCCUGGCCCAGCUAGCUCGGGCUGAUGACUACGAGCAGGUUAAGAACGUGGCCGACCACUACCCGGAGUACAAGCUGCUUUUCGAGGGUGCAGGCAGCAACCCCGGAGACAAGACCCUGGAGGAUCGAUUCUUUGAGCACGAGGUGAAACUGAACAAGCUGGCCUUCCUGAACCAGUUCCACUUCGGUGUCUUCUACGCCUUUGUGAAGCUCAAGGAACAGGAGUGUCGCAACAUCGUGUGGAUUGCUGAGUGCAUCGCCCAGCGCCACCGCGCCAAGAUCGACAACUACAUCCCCAUCUUCUAGCGCCCUGGCCUGGGGCUCCCCACCAGUGUGUGUGUGUGUCCGUGUGCGCUGGGACCAAGGCCACGGCUCACAUGCUUGCCCUGGGGGCAGCACGUUGUCCUGGCGGCUUCCCUGCUCUUCAGAGGCUACUCCUGGGCCUGAAAGGGGCUGGGCGCCUGCCCCCCCACCAAGGAUAGACCAAGUCCCCCUUCAGAUCAAGGAGGCCCCUCAACCCUGUUACAGCUACUGAUAUGUCUGAGAAGCAUGUGGUCACUUUUGUGCCCCUUCCUAACCUGAGAACCCCCAGGGGCAGCAGGAGCUUCCUCUCCCCUUUGCGGGUUGUCCCCAGAGCCGUGGGGACACAGUGUGUGUGUGUGUGUCCUUGGGGUGUGGGGGUGGGAAGCUGUGCAUAUCCCUUUCUGAUCUCCGCCCCUCUGAACAAUAAACUGCCCUCUCUCUAA